AGUUGAUCAUCAGAGAAAAAUCUCCCUCCCCAAGAAAAAGGGAAAGCCCUCAGCCCCUUACGAAAUGUGCCCUUCUAGCCGAUACCCUUCCCUCCGCGAUCUGGCCGCCGGGGCGGCGCCGGAGGACUUCCGGCCGGCGUUUGACGUCCUGGACGCCGACCGUGACGGCAAGAUCAGCCGCGACGACCUGAAGGCCUUCUACUCCGGCUUCGCCUCCCCCGCCCUCAGCGAGGACGACAUCAGCUCCAUGAUCUCCGCCGCCGACGCCGACCGCAACGGGUUCGUGGACUUCGACGAGUUCCAGCGCGUGCUUGGCCGCCUGAGCGCCGGCGGGUCGGUGAUGAAGGAGGCGUUCCGGGUGAUGGACCGGGACGGCGACGGUAAGGUGGGUUUCGAGGACCUCAAGGCGUACCUAGGGUGGGCAGGGAUGCCCAUCGGCGACGAGGAGAUCAGGACGAUGAUCCGGAUGGGAGGCGGGGAUGCGGCCGACGGGGUCGGCUUCGACGCUCUCGUGAAGAUCCUGGCCGUCGAUUUCGCCAUCUCCGAUAAUUUGAUUUGAAUGCAAACCGCGUUGAGAUGUGAACUCUAAAAAAAAGCGUUUUUUUUUACAAAAAAAGGUUAAAAUUUGUGGAUGGUUGUCGUUGCGUUUUUUUUUUUAUAAAAAAAAAGGUUGUCGUUUCGUGGCUUUUUGUUUUUGGACGGUUAUCAUUAACUAGGACGGUGCGCAUCGUCCCCCUAGGCAAAAUAAAAAUAUAUAUCUAGUUUUUGCCCGCAUAUCCAGGUAUUUGGUUGGAACGGCUGUAUCUGUUAGCGUACUUGAGCGUGUUAGGGCUAAAAGUGAAUUAGUUAGUACUGAUAUAUUUUUGUAAUUCUAUAUUUUUUUAAUAAAUAUGAAUCUUGUUGGGCGGAUGUCU